AUGGACGACCUUAGAUUAUGUGAUAUUUUUCCGGAGAUAGACGAAGAAGAAUUGGUACGUUCGUUUUCUUGUUGCUUACAAUGUUAAGUGCGAGUUGGAGCUAGAACAACCCUGGGUUACGGAAGUUUUUAAUUCCAUUGACGAAAAGUUAUACACGGAUGNUACCUGCGCACAAAAACACCCCCGAGACCGCAAACGAACUUGUUCGAUAGUCCUUGUGUACGGGACCCAUCCGCACAGCACGCAAUACAUCACUCAUACGCCGGUGUUGCGGGUGAAAUGUUGCACGUCAGAACACGCACAUCUCACUUAGGCGGAAGCGUGUCCCUUAGUGCGACCUGAUUUGGCAAGCGUAGACGAGUUGUUUAACUCUGUCAGCCGCUGCGCCCAAUUUCGUAAUCAUUCAGCUUGACACGAACAGGCAAUUGGCAUUUGGGAGAGGAAGGAAGAAAAUGAGGCUGGAACUGGAAAAUCUGUCCCCAUCGCAACCCAACGUAUUCCUCAAUACAAUGGAUCAGACACUCACUUGAGUCUGUCGCGGCGCGCUGUCGGUCGUGGCUUGGAAGGCCGUCAACUGACAGGAUAGCUCAACCCUUCUCAGGAUUGAGAGUCAGGCUGCAAUGAAUGCAUUACGUGGUUUUCACGACAUUCUAACCUAUGUGGGUUUUUGACCUUCCUUAUAGUAACCCGGUACAUAUGGAGCGGAGACAUGUUCGCGUGUGACGCGCGUGGACGGGCUGUUAAGAUCUGUCAGUCACUACUUCCGCGUCCACCACCGGUCUUCUUGAUGCUCUUUUGUCGUUGGAGCAAGGUGGCAAGGGGGGGGAGAGUUGGGUAGGUGCGGCGCAAGUGGCCGAUGCUGGACCCAUGCUGUGGGACAGUGGCAGACGUCGUCGCUGGCGACGAUCGAACUGUCGCGUGUGCUUUGACUUUGGAAAAAUAAUUGCCCCUUUUUGAAUUAGUUUGUUUGCCUUUACUUAGUGAACCUUGAGUUGGUUACGAUGUUAACCUAAUCAGUUUUCUUGUUGACUUCGACUAUCAAUUGUAGCCUAGUCGUAAGAGUCACCCUCAAAAGUCGUUUGACUAUCCUGCGAUUUAUACCAUCAUUGAUGAACACAAAUCAGUGAGAGCUGGUAAAGGGGUUAGGUGAAGGGGUUAAGAUGAAGAGAAGGUUAAAUGGAGAAUUACAGUGGACCAGUGCGGAAGCUCUGGUAACUGGCACUCAACAGUUUACAACUCUAGUCCCCUGUGGCCUUCCACCUCAUUAGUUGGGCAGUCCUUUGCCUACCCUGAUCAUUUGAUUGCCCAACUGUCUUCCUUCCUCAUACAGCUGACUGGACCUAGCAAACGGAGCUCUUCGCAGUGGGGACGACCGCACACUGGCGGCCAAAAAAGCAAAAAUGCGCUUUUCUAGUCAUAGGUCAGAAAAAUCAGUGACCCUGGGGGCUGUGUUUAUUGUCCUUACGUUCAGAAGUCAUGCAAUCUUUCCCAGUUAUCGGUGGUAGUGUUUCUACACCCCAGUAUUUAGAAGGAUAUUGGCCGCUCUAGCGCUUAGCUGACUCCUGUGUUCUCCGCCGUCCGUCGCCGCGGCGGCAACAGUCCCUGCAAAGCCGUCGGUAGAUGUCUACAGCCACGCCUGCCUAUCGCUAUCCCCGACGGCAGUAGCAGAUUCACGUUGGCUAGGAAAAGUACUCCCGUCACAAAACCUGGACAAACGGUCUCAGGAUCAACGAUUUGCCAACAUGGGCGAAAUUACUCUUAAUUGCUGUGAUGCAUGACACUGAUGCCACGGAGGAUGGAAGUUUGUGUGCAUUUUAAAUGGUUCCUGAGGCAGCUUCUCAACGUAUCAUUUUGUCUACAAUCUAAAGGUCACAUGCCGGUUAGCCCUUUUUGCUCAACAUUCCAAAUUUGUGUGGUCCACCUCGAAUAUGACCUGACUACUUUACUCUUAUUAGGAGAUUUUAUUCGAACAAAGCCGUUCUUGCAAAAAAGUGGUCAACCCCCUCAAAUAUGUCCCCCAACGUCCUCAGGAUCGCAGAGCAGCUCCGACACAGAUACUGGGGAUCCCGUUACUCGGGGUAUCGAAGCUCCUCAGUACGCUUCCAAUGGUGUUGGUGAGAGUGUUGGUGUUCAUGGCGGCAAUACUGGGCGGCCAAAUGUUCUAACGCGCCUCAACAAUUCAGCAAUCCGUCUGAAUCCCGGUCUUUAUGCAGGGCGCUAUGCCACUGCUUCCUGCAUCAAGAAACAAGCCGGUGACAGUAUGGACUCUUUCGCUGUCAAUGGGGAUUUCAGAGACACCUCUGUCUAUGGUGUUGGCGCCGGUGGUUGCUCUGCCAGUGGGUAUUCAGGUUCUUACUCGACCUCCAAUUCCUCUUAUCGCCAGCAAUCACUACUCCAGAACACGGCAAGUUUAUUGCAUUCAUUUUCUUUGUACUGCCUUUGUCUGCUUAUCUUACUUAGGGUCUAUAUCUACGUAAAAACGUUUCAUCUUCGUUCAGUUCCCUUAUUAACAGUCAAGCGUAGGCAUUCCUAAAAUGUUCGGCCUGGGAAAUGCUUAUCGUCUUCGAUUGGUCUUUAUUGAAGCUGAAUCCUCAAUUUAAUCCACUCAGUCUCCAUCAAAGCCAGAAAAAGAAUAUGUUUUCCCUCCGGCAUUGUCGACUUAAAGUUCAUUUUAUGGGAAAAAGCUGUAAAUUUAUAUUUUUUGCAUUUAUCCGUCAUCUUUUGUCCCUUUGAGGCCGGCUACUCGGUGCAUCCGUCCACAGAUACCAAAUAGCAGACCAGCCUUUGGCAAAAUUCACCUAUUAAGUAAGCAGUUGUGGACAGUAUAGAGAUACUGUCUUCAGGUGUAAAGAGCCAUUUACUUACAAAAGGCUAACAUGGCACAGCAGUACCUCACGGAUGUUGCCUACCAUCCAGUAGGGCACAAUCCUGGAACCUUAACCUGGCAAUGUUUGAAGGAUGGAUGGAGACGACAGUAGAAUCCAGGUAUUACGUAGAGCCGCCCCUCCACCAAGCCGCCUCGGACAGCCGGUGUCCUACGAGCCACAGGUUAACGGUUUUUUGGGUGGCCGGACUCUGGUUGAAACUGCCGAAGGCAAAGCGCAUCGAGAGGAUCAAUUUCAUAACUUCAAGGGUGACAGUAAUGCCAUAGAGCACGCCUCGUUCAAGAAUGCAAAGAAAGCCCAAGUCAGUGGCACCCUCGACGAGAUAGCCCAGGGUACUUUAGAAGGUGACGGGGACCGUUGUUAGAAGCGGACUUCUAUCAAAGUCAGUGGGAGUGAUGCAGUCCGCUCCCUCCAAUACUCAUCCAACCUAUUCCAUCUCAACCCUGGAUGCCUGGGCUUGCAUAACUCCCCUGUAUGACUCACCAGAGGUAAGGCUGCGUACAGUAUCACAGUCCCCGCCCAACACCUGGCCUGUCAACCUUUUAUUUCACGCAGUUUCUGGAAAGCAUAUUGCCCUUAAAAUGGUUGGGAUUGGCGAAGGCAGAAGUCGGCCAUUUUUAUUGUUGGUCGUUAUUUCAUCAGGCUCUACGGGUCCCAAGAUGAGGAUGUUUUCAUCUGUCCUCACAUCACUGCCAAUCCUCGAAGACGAAUUACCGCUUAGUCCAGUAGAACGGCACCCUUUCUCCCUCUCGAAAUAACGUAAAAUUACUCGAAGGAGGCCUUUUUUCUCCCCUGCACUCAUCUCAGCUCGUCUAUCACUGUCCAUAUCUAACGUCCAUUGUCACCUGGCCGGGUAUAAUGGCUAAUAAUUUGAUGUCUAUUUGGCUGUGUUCGCGCGUGCGCUUCCGUGUGACUGUUUACUGGCCUGCGUCUGUGCGUGCGCGUGCGUGCGGGCUGUUCACUGCUGAACCAUCACGGUGACGCGCGUGUUUGUUCUUGUGCCCCCCCCCCUCUCCCCUGUCUUGUUAUCACUCGUCCGCUCGCGUGUGUGGCCGUCAGAUCCAGUCAGCCUCGCUGAUCAUCUGUUCUGACCUGUCUUCAGCCGUCGCUGGUGUUGAGACAGAUUAAGGACUCUUCACCUAAUCAUUGGAGGCACAGUGUUGACUUUGGAUGCUAACAGGAACGCCAUUUUCUCCGUUUCGUUUCACACUUCGCUCCCUUCUGCGGCCUUUUCUAUUAGCGUACAUGGCGGGCCUCCUGGCAAGUUGUGAGGGUCUUGUGCCGCAAUUUCAUCCAGGCGGCAAAUAUGGUCACUCAUCUGACCUGACCCCAGCGCAGUCAACACGGUUGGAGAGUGCACCAUGUCUUCAUCGAGGGCCGGAAAACGACAGUCAGCAAGGGAAGGUAUGCGUGUACGCAGACUGCAGAGGCUGGAGCAGCCAUUUUCAGACACGGGUAGAGUGUGGCCCGUUCUCACGAAGGAAAAGGCUGUAACUCACUCUCACCACUCUCACUUGUUUGCGCACCUUCCAGCCUCAUUUGAUUUCUUUGACGGAGGAGGUGUCACUCAUAGGGGUUCUUUAGCACAGAGGCAUGUUCUGUUAAGUAUCGCUAUCUACAUAGACUGCGCGCCGUUUGUAGAAUAACUAUUCGCCGAAUCCCCAAAGAGACCAACGUUGAGACACUAGUUCUUCUUCUCGCAUUUUUCAUUAAAUCUGCCGAAGUUCUUUGCUUCAAAAUUAAACUAACUAGGUUUGGAUUGUGUAACUGGAAGGAAGUAUCAGUAGGCGAUCAAAACGGACCUUUACUGAUUGAUGCUCCGUCGCCGAGAACGACUUUUUUCGGCGCUGUGGGGACGUCCCGCUCAGUCAGUUUGCUUUCUUGACGGCAAUUCAGUGGUGUUUUGAUGUUCACGCAAUGCAGGGCUGCCGCCCUUCGUUUUCGCGCGUUUUUUGCUUUUACCAGUCAGGACUCGGAAACACGAUUCAUCAGCCACCGUAACUGACUCAUUUACAUCAUCUUUUGACAAUGCCAUUAGCUUGCCAACUUACCGUAUUGGGAGAUUCAGUCGAUAUCGGACUUUUGAUUCCGUGGCAAAUAGAAGUCAAACCAUAUAUUGCUGUGGAACAGUGUUAGGCAGUUCGGAAUUCCUGAUUAGGGAAAUUACCAUUUGCCUUAUCACAGACAAGCAGCCAUAGCAUGGCAUCCUUCAAAUCAAUUACGCUUUGUGACAGACUUCCUUGUUUAUCCAUCGCUGAAUUUUGCGGUAUUUUUCGAAUGCUUUUGAAAACAUAGUGAGUCGCAACCUAAGUCUUGAUAACUGUGCUGGGCGUGUAUUCCAUAAAGAUCGGUUCCACCGUCUGGGAGCCACUUUUAACAUAAUCUUAGCAACAAGUAUUGGACAGGGUUAUACUGGCUUCCGACUUUACGAAAUAUUUACAGCCUCAUAGAAUGUCGUCGUCUAACGUCGUGGACCCACACGGUCAGUCCCUACCGCGCCUAUUUAAUCGUCCAGUUCUCUUGACAAAAUGGGGCUUCUGGACUGAUGAAGUGAAUUCCUGCGUCAGCAAAUCAUCACGUUGUACCACUAAACUUGCUGAGAGGAGAAUUUCCGCUAAACCCGCCCAGUAAGCGUAGAGAAUAGACAGACAGGGUCUUUAUCUUUCUCCACCUUCGCACGUGCAGAUCACAUCGUGUCGGCGUAGAAACUUGUUGCUGUUUCCUUCCCAAGCAUCGGUAUGAGCAGUCUAUCAACGUCUGCGACCAUCCAUGCUCCAGGUAGGCAGUAGGAAUUGUGGCGGUGCAGUUUCCAACUUAUUUCCCUCACCAUUACUCAAAAUGCAUCAGCUGUGGCACCCUUGUCAGCCAAAGUUUCAACGUCGUCUGAGUAAGAAUUUCAUGCGAUGCUCCAAAGUGAAAGCAGGUUGAAACAAUGAGAUGAAAGUUGUUUNACAUGCCGACGAGCCCCGUAUAAGUUAAGCAUAUCUACCCAUUGACGUGAUCUUGUGCACAGUCCAACUUCUGCCCCUGACUUUUGUCGAAAAUGACCUUUGUUUAACUGCCGAUUUCUUUCGCUGUCCUCUGGUGAGUUCCAUAUGCCUUCACGUCGUUAUCAUCACCCUUUUUUGGAUUCUGCAAUGUGGCUCGAGGCUUAUUUUGCCAUUCUUCUAUAAUUACUACUCGCCUUCUCGCUCUUGGCUUGUCCACGUGCCUGGUCCAGAUGUAAGCAAUCCGAUUCUCUGGCCGCCUCGUUACGAGUGCUGUUUACCCAGGAAACCGCCGGUUUCAUCACUUCAUAAAGGACUUCAAAUAAUCGAUUAACUUACGCAGCCAGAAAACCAAGUGCAAAGAAGUCGAUAUUAUCACUCCGACCUCACUUCGCGUUCGGGCGCCUUGGAGUUAUCGUGUCGACUUCAGCUGCCUAGACCCGCUUGAAUGUCAUUCGGCUCGUAAUGCCGAAGUUGAGUUUACUGGCGCCUGAUUGAUGCAAAGAUGUAUGAUUGGUUAAUAUAGGGCACUGUUGAAAUUUGUGGAAAGUUGACGAAGUUGUCAAAUGAUGGGAAAGGUGCAAAUUAGACAAAGGGGCUAGCAUUCUGGAAAUGGUUUUAGAAGCUAAACUUGGCGACUAGAAAAGGCGCCUCACGAUGUUACGAACUUAAAGUGGGAAUGUGAGGAGCCCGAAAAGGCAUGAGCUGUGCUUAUCCUGCCGAGAGUGCUACCUAGCAGGCCGGCGUCUCUCACCUGUGUGAAGCCGCUCCACAACUUUGUUGAUCUUUUCGAGCGUUCACCGCUCUUAUAAUGGAGAAGGAGGAAGAGAAGAAGCUAUUCGAUCUUGAGCCACUGCACUUUCCUCACACCACCUUUGCAGCACAGGUCAUAACUUUUGUGGUGCGGGUCCCUACAACUGCUUGUCUUUGUGAGAAGGGCGUUUGCGGAUGGAUGGGCGUUCUACAAAGUCUCUCUGCAAACAGGAACUAGGUGCUCCUCAGUUACACGGCCAUGACGAGCAUUAUGAGUCCACACUGAUGCCCAGUGUUUAUUAAAGAAAAAACGUGCGUGCGUUCAAGUGACACACUUCUUUCUUCAUCAGACAGCCACACUCCAAGACUCAGCGGAACACCUGCACUCCCUUCUACUGUCGUAUCAAGAGGAUGGACAGAACUUUCACUUUGCUCCCCAUUCCCUGCUAGCCUUUUCUGGUCGGUUCUAGAUCACUGCGCAGACUGCCUUAAGAGUCAUACGCUUCCUUUGUAAGAUACUAUUUGAUACUUUUCAUUCAGGCGGUCCACUUUCAGGGUCUGCUUUCGGGUGUUCCCCCUUUUCCGCCCAUACUUUACUGCUACCUGUGUGACAGAUGCUUACGUGGCUCGGAAACUAGGCAGUAAUUUGCGUGACCAGACCUUUUUUCGUUGCAUGAAUGCUUUCUCAUACGCACACGAGGGUGCCAGUGUGACUAUUAAAGAUAUUCAACAGGCUCGUUAAGUUUGGCUUUAUUCUCAGGUCAGGAAUAAAAGGUGGGGCUCUGACUAUUUUACCUCCGUCCUUAAAUUGUCUCUAUCUCAUCACACAGGGCCUGCUCUUCCCACACCUGCAUCAAGCUAAUUAAUUACACACCUUUACUUGGUUCUCCCUUAACGUCAUCUUCUGUGCCUUUUUCUGGUGAAGUUUUUCACAGAUAGUGUAAAUUCUCCCGUGAGCCUCUUCACGGCUUUUUAUGUCAGUGCUCCUUCUCCCUCCUUAUCGUGAACAGAGGUUGCUGCUUUGGAGACUAGGUAUAUGCACAUUGCUAACAGUGUACAAUUAUUAUGCAUAUCUUCCACCGGCUUCUACUACGGUUUCUACUAUGAUACCAUUGCAUCUUUCACUAUUCGUUCAUCCACACUACCUGUAAGGGUGGAAGAGCAUCAUCGGGCUGCCCGAAGUGAUAGUGAAUUUAUAACAUAGAUCUGGGUUCCUGGUGAUGAUACUCUUAUAUCUGCUCUUUUUCAACCAUCAGAUGGCGCAAUCUGGUCUGCUUUUGCUAACGGAGGAAGAGAAACGAACCCUGAUCGCUGAGGGCUAUCCUGUGCCGACACGAUUACCCCUCUCCAAACAGGAAGAACGAAAUCUGAAGAAGAUUCGUCGGAAAAUUAAGAACAAGAUCAGUGCACAAGAAAGCCGACGCAAGAAGAAGGAGUACGUAGAAACCCUCGAAAAACGGUAGGCGUCUUUUGUUUAGAGGCAAGCCUAACUUGGCGGACUGUGGUUCCUAGGCCUUCCUAACUAUACUUUGGGUUAUUAUUGCAAUUGGUAAGAGCUGUGAGCAGGAGUAUUGGAUGUAAUCUUAAACUGUGUAAACUUCACACUGACUACUUUCCAACGACCAGCGUUCGCUGAUUAGUCCGUGAUCCCCGUGCUUUUUCUGCCGUAGAUAGCAGCUUUGUAAAGUGACCGAGGGCAUUUCGAAAAAAUCGCACCAACAGUGUUUGUUUUUCUCCCUAGCUUGCAGCCACUUUCCUCCCUCAAUUUUGCUUGGUUCACCGCCGAGUUUGGUCCAACCCACACAGAUAUGCCGCUGGGAGUUUCGUUUUUCUUGUUUUCUGCAUUUCCUCUCAGGCCGAUCAUAUGGAAAAUGCCUAGAAUUGUGUAUUUUUUAUUAUUUCCUUUGCCACAGCGAUAUAGCCGAGAUAGACCGUCUGUCUUUGCCCUAAGCUGGCCAGGUCGUUUGCUUGCCUUCCGUGAUCUAGGGAUAGAGUUACCUCUGUGCCACCAUUAUCGCUCUCUACGCUACCGCGUCUUUGGCCUGGCUUUCGGGGGCGAAUUUACAACACCGCUAGCUAAGCCGACGUCAAGACCCUAUUCUGGAGUGCUCCUGGUUGAUGACGGUACAUAAACUUAGAACUUGUAAUCCUGACUUCCGGACCCAUCUACUUAAACCUAACUUGAUUAUUGGUUGCUUGCCACUAUGCGACCUUCGUUUGGAACACUAAUGUGGGUGCCACACAUAACGGCAGGUGUGCUUUAUUUUGGUUAUUUACCAUUUCAGCCAAUAAAGCGUCGAUCCUUGUCUCAGUGAAUGAAUCUUUAGACACAACUAACUGAGUUCCACGCUGAUUCACUGACUGUAUUUGGUUGUACGAGUUUGUUCAUUGGUCGGAAGUAGGCAUGAAGGUAACUUCCUUGGUCAAAUAGAGUUGUACCAAUUAGGUACCGUAUACCAAAAGCGAGUUGUAAAGACGUGAAUCCAUCUUCUGUCUCUUCAGUUCUAUCAAUGUUAAGGGGAAUCGUUUUGUUUGAUACUACGGUUAUUAAGUUUGCGGUAAAUGUUCCUACCCCAUAUUCAUCAAAAUAGUAAAGGAUAAUUGUCGCAGCCGUCAUUAGGAAACGCCAACGCCUGUGCGAAUGCUUACUACAUUUUCUGUUGUCCACUACUUCUACUUUAUUCCGUCCUACUGCCUCCGCCUAUGCAGCCCCACCGAAUUAGCCGUUCUGCAAUUCGACACACGCGAACGAUCGUGGGUGCUGACCUGCUUUCUCGCUUUUGUGUCGGCCUCCCUGUUAACACGCCGCGCUGAUUGGCUGCAAUUUCACACGCCGGUUGUGAUGCGUACUUGCAGCCGGCCUUCGAUUCCUGUCUGUCGUCAUGACUGUGCAUUGCAUGCGCGCAUGCACGUGUGCUUCUGCCGUGGACCGCGUUGGGCAAAUCUCCCGGGCUGCACGCGCACUGCCUACAGACAAGUAGAAAGGAGGGCGUCUGAUGACGAAGCGGCCUACGUCCAAAGGGGACCGGCCACCUUUAAUAGGUCCCUCAAUGACUGGGCCCUCUGUAUGAAAUGUUGCGGACGUGCAUAAAGCCUCAGGCAUCGGAACAUAUUAGAGUUAGUCAGGAAACAACUAGAGCCUGAUCUGAUCACGAAAACUUUAGAAAAAGUUUGUUGUCCAGUGGGAGUUGCUUGAGCGUUCAAUGGAUGGCCUAACUUCCCGAUAUCCGAAGAGCUGACUUAAUCGUGGGACACAGAUAACAAGAGGAUACAUUAUCUUAUAGAUACUGGAAACUUCCGCCGACUAGUUAAAAUCAGUUUUCGGGACGGAAAAGAACGAGCCUAACAGAGAGUGAUGAGACUAUGACUGCAGCAGUAGUAGGCUUACAGUUUGUGACCUAUCAGAACCAUUGUAACGCACAAGCCGCCUACCCCGCGUCCACGAGGGUUAUAGUGCUGUGAAGGAAUGACCGUUCUUCAAAAGAAGGCAUAGCUUGACUUGUUAAUUAUUAUCUAUUAUCUGGGACAUCAUUUAUUUUAUCGAAAACCAUCGAAUCAAAAAGUGACUUUGUGACAGGUCAAUUAUUUAAGGCCUAAUCCAACUAACGACAGAGAAUAAAAAUAUAAUAAAACGAGAAAAUAGUGGAAAAACAAUAAAAAAUAAAACGUAUUAGUACUCUCUUUAUCGCUUUUUCGCGUGAGACGGCCGUAGGUCGGGCAGAUAUAGAGGCUGUCAAAUUAUCUAUUGCAGACUAGUCAUUCACAUACCGCAUGGGCCUAUUAGGUCACAUGGCCAUUCACGAAAACCUGCGGCUACACCACAUCAUCACAUUUUCCCCCACGAACAUCACACAACAUCAUCACUUACCACAAGCAUCCAAAUGCCACCUUCCACGCAAGUUGGAAUUGUGCCUCUCGGCUCCGUCUGUAUGCAGCUUCUUUGCUGCAUCUAUGAUUCGAUCACGGCGCGUCAAGUGCUGUGACCUGGAAGGCUGCUGACUGACGUUCCAACUCAGUCCACGCAGUCUGCCCAGUUAUGUGUGUGUAUGUGCGAAGUGGCGGACUGGUGGGCUGAGAGCCAGGCUGGAGUGACUCCUUCUUAACGAGGCCUGAGGCACUCUAACGCAUGUGAGGUGUACGCCGCUCAAUCCGCGUUGUGUGAAAUUCUGGUGCUUGUGUUUGAGGGGCCAGGUCGUGCAUGUGGCGCGCGCAGACAUGGUCACUAGACUAUGUCAGCCACCGCGCUCAUUCCCCGCCCCAGUCAACUGACCAGCUCGGACAGUGGCUGGAGCCUGGGAGUGGGGAAGGGAAAGUGAGGUCGACGACACAGCGCAUUUUCCUCACUAUAAACAAUCUGACGCGCUUGAAGCCAUAACGGUGCGCUAAAAGCCGUGGCCUGAAAGUUUGUCAACUGACGGGAUAACUUGGAUAUCGCAGUCGGCCUAGUGUUGUGGGUUUGUGUGGGGCGGCCGGCUAGUGAUCUAAGAGAAAGGCUGCAAUGGCUCCUUCUUAAUGUGGCCUUUAUGGCACUUCCAUUUUGAGGGAUCCGAGCCAGGUGUACGGCCUGCUUAGGUGUGACCCCGGCCGUGCCAGUCACCCUUUUGUUGUUGGUUAAAAUCCUGGUCAUUUGCUGUGUGGACCAGGGGGUGUGGAGUGGAAUGCCAAGGUGCGGGCUCGACCGUGCUAUCCACCUACGCCGUCCUCCGCCUCCAGUCUUCUUGACCAUGUCUUGACACCGGCUGCAGGUGGGAGAUGAGGAGAGAGUGCGGUAGAUGCAGCGAAAGUCUACAUCCACUACAAACUUAUCCACGCAAGUCACCGUCCCUGCUCCACCUUGCGGUGGACAUUGUCGGAAACGUCGAUCUAACUGUCAGACUGGUCAAUAAAAUUAUUGAUCACAUAGUUCAGCAUUCCCUGCAGUGUGAGCAGUGUUUCCUUGUUUCAUACCAAUCUCUUUUGAUUAAUGCAAAGAGGUUCUCGAUCGGAUUGAGGUCCGGACUGUUAUCGAGAAUAAAAAUGCAUCUCAGGCCGCAGGCGGAGGGGUUUGCUGUGGUCUAAAAAUAAGAUGAGUCUUAAGCGAUGUCAGAUUUACACCCUUAAACGGUGAACAAGGGCACUAUCCUGAAACAUUACGGUGUCCGACAAAUAAACUGAACUUUCUCUAAUCAGUUUUUUACUUAAAAAAUCGCUUUUCCGUAGCGUCUUGUUGAUGGUGGUCGAAUUCUUUCACUCUUUUUCUAAUUGUGCACUGAGAAAACAUUGAUUAAUGUUUCCCGUGAAUUGUCUUAAGGGGCAUGUGGUGGUACGUUUUAGUGUACGACGGAUAAAAGCGUCGUCAUGCUUGCCUGUGGAGCGUUUUGGUCAACCUUGCCCGAUUCUAUGCGUCACUCUGCUAUAAGUAAAUCUUCAGAGAGUGGCCUGGCUACCGUUGAAAAUAUUAGCUGGCGACGCGCGCGGCAGCCACUCGGCUGCCAAUUUUAGUACGUCUUCAGGAUCACCAUCCAACAGGAACUGCUUUUACAUCAUUAUCGCACGGUAUGACAGAAAACUGUCGGCAUGUCGCGGGUGCUCAAAACGUAUUUAUUUGAGCCUUAUAAUUCUCGGUGGUAAAAAAGAGUACUUUUGACUUAUCUUGUAAAUACUCCGAUACGAUAGCAUUAGUAUGAAACUCAUCUUGCCUGUAGUUGUUUUUUUUCAGUCGUAAAUCCUGUUGAGCGGCAGAAGUAUGCCUUGUGAUUAACUCCUGGCUACGCAUAACGGUCAAAUUCCGUAUUUUGUUAAGGAAAGGCUUUUUAUGUCGCCCCCGUUUGAUAUACAGUUGGCUGUUUGAGGAAAAUCAACCCGAAGACAACCUCAGCGUCGUUUUCAGAUGAACGGCCUAACGUAGUGACCCCGUCUCCUCCCGGUUCGCUUGAGCUGUCGCCUCCAACCCCUUAGCGACUGACUGUAUUAAAGUGACUGCACUAUAUUUCUGUCUCUGUUGUGCGCCGUAGUGUCGUAAUGGCAAUGCAUGUAGUAAUUUGAUCUCUAAGUGAAGUCCUGCUUAUACAGUAUGUUUUCUUCCGUGGCGACAGGAUUACCUUGGUCAGCUUAGAGCCAGACUUCUCGUCGUGAUGCAACCCGAAAUACCCCCGAGGUGUGCUAAGUGAUUUACGAGUGACUUUGCUAAAAGGAGGAAAGGUGGUAUUGCGGGGAUUCCCUCCAACUGCGACUGUAAGCCAUCCCCGCACAGCCUUGCUGUCAGCAUCCUGAAAAAUGACGAGCGUCUGCUUCACAAAGAAGUAGAAGGUUUGGUCUCCGGAACAUUGGAUAAAUGGAAUCCAUACUUAGGAUUUACGCCGAUCGAGACGUCUUAUUCCGAAUUAAUGCAUAGAUCACCGGUAUUCGCUUUCAUGGACGCUCCAGCAUUUGACGUUUUUCUGAGCGUGCUUCACGAAAUCUCGGGCCGUCUUUGAGAACAGAAAGGUGCACUUGCUUAUCUUCAGCAUCAAGCGUGUCCAACCAGCUGAAGAUAUUGGCAAUCACGGGGUUCUAAGUACUCCGUUGGAGUAACAUAAACUUUUUUUGUCCAUCUCGCAUACCGUUUGUCGAGACCUCUGACCUCCACUAGCGACAGUGUCGCCAACUUGCGUAAUUCGCCAUUUAAUCGAAGCUACUAUACUUUCUCUCGGUCACUGCUCCAGCAACCGGUCUGUACUGUGGCGAAUACGGUUUCGCAGGCCUAUAUGUUUCGACCCAGUCGUAUGCAGUGUUUGUUCGAUGAGAUUAUGCGUUGGCAUUAUAUGUGAAGCUCUCUAUGGUUGAAAGCUGGCUUGGUCAUUGAGAGGCAACAAAGCGUGACGCGUGCUAAUCCUAGAUGUCGAAACCCCAGGACAUCUCGGACUCCGGUUAUUGUCCUGUUUUUUCGGAGGGAAAUUUUGGGAAGUCAUUUACUGCCUCGGGUUCUACACAUAAAAGUUCCUAUUAUGUCAGUUCUUCUGCAGUUAGAGUCCAUUUUGUGUAUUCGACUGUUUUUUCAGUUUGUUUAUGAUCGUGGUGGUGGUGGUGGUGGUGGUGGGGGUGGAGGAGGUAGUUGCCCGUUUUAUGAAAGUCCGGCCAGAUCGUGAAGCGUAAUAACAGCUUGUAAAGUCAACCCCACUCCCGACAUAGUUACUAAUUAGUAGCCGACCGAUGUCCCCAUCCAUGCCAAUCUGUAAGGCGCAUCUAGACAAGUAGGUGUCGCAUCGAUGUCUUGAGCCCCCUGCGGCUGCUAAAUACUCAAAUGGACUGUGUCUGGAAUCUUGCAUAAUAGCGGUUUUGAAAAUAAGUGAAUCGGUAGAUAUCUGUCUGAUUUAUUUGCCGUUGACAAAGUUUGCAGUCCUGCAAGGCCUAGAGUACUCGACCUAGACUUCCGUAUGAAUAUUAUCGUCCCUGCCCGAAGUCUUCACUUUUGCAGCGGAUUCACAAAAUAAUACGUAUCUCAAUUUAAGGCAGCCCGAAAUCGGUUUUGCAGCGGCCUCUUGCCAGUCUAUCUCGUCCAUCUGUAUAGACCGCCGAUUAGACUGUAGUUUUCUCGACUCCACAUUUGGUGUUUGUGUAUUUCAGCGCCGGCACUGGGGUGCAUGGACCAGAAACGUGUGUGGUGUGCGUGUUUGUGUGCAGCGCUGGGUUUGUUUACCCUAAUCAGAUAAUCCGCGAACUAGUUUCUAGUGGUUGUGUAUGAGUGCAUCAACAGAUCUGCCAUCCUUUUUGUCGCACUUGCUCUCUCGGAUUUUACCAGACCCUCCACAAUAUGCAUACCUGUGUGGGUGUGCGAUGUGCAUCAACCAUUUGCGCUUUUAAGCAACAAAGCGUACGUGCGCACCAGCGCUUCUCUGCUACGCUCCUCUAACCUGGCGUGUGCGUGUACGCAUCUGAACCCGGAGUUGGAGUCUCAUUCGGGCGGUUUCGCGCCCUGAAUCAGGUGCAGUCGUGUGUUUGAGCACACGAGAAAGGCUUACUUAUCGCGGGUUAGUGCGUCUGGUCUACUGAUGACCUUUGGUGCAUGAUUUCUGUCAGCCGCCACUAGACCGCAUCACCACGCCUGCCAUCUUUAUCCGCGUCCGAAUAAGGACACACUGCUUUUCAGGAACGAAACCUUUAUUCUCACUGGAUUCCAUUUAAAAGUUCCAUUUUUUUAAAAAGGUCCGUACAUAUCUGAGAUAAUUGUGAUGGUGGUGGUGGUGAAAAAGCACCCUAUCCUACAAAAAUUUUCAAAAUUUACAACGCACCUUCUUCAGUCGAUGUGACCAAAAAGCCGUAGCUAGAACAAUUCACUGAGUAAUUUUCAUAAAAACCGAUGAAAAGCAGUCAUAUCAAGGGAUUUCAAACGAAAGUCUAGCUCUGGCAACCUAUUCCCAAGUUCAUUCAUUGAGUACUGUAGAAACGACAAAGUUGCAUUUCUUUCGCUUCGCCUCAGAGCCUCAAUUCUAGCGUUGUUACCGCCUUUGUUUGUAGCCGUUACGAGCUUCUAACUACAUCUUUCGGUAACUGUUGCAUAUAGUUCAUAUUUUCUCGCUCAUACCAGCUAUUCACGCCCACGCGAACUGAGGUCAUCUGGGUUUUAAAUUGACUUCAGCUACUUCUUAUCUAGUGUUUUGGGUGAUGAGCCUUGAAAUCAUUCUUGUUUCGCCGUCUCUGAGACCAUCAGUGUUUGUUCAUUCUACAACUGAGCAACUCUCGUUUACUUUGGGAACUCCGUUUCUGUCUCGAUAUUCGUUCUAAUAGUAAUCCCAGCCCUUUAUUUUAAUAGUUGUUUAGAGCUUCCAUUUCUGCCAAAAAUCAUUAAAUCAUUGCACAAACCACAUUAUCCACAGCCAACUGAACGUCGUGAUUGUCCGGCAUUUGACUCCAGAGCAUCUUUUCUAGCCCCUUCCCCUGCGAGUGGUUAAUCAGUGUCACACCCAAAUUAUGCCGUUUAGUUAUUCCAGGCGUCCACUGGAUUCCACUAUAGGUCACGACUUUUGUCUAGUGGAAAGACGGUCCGGAUUAGCACAGAUCGCCUACGGGAUCGCGGUCUUUCACUCUGAAGGUCUUUUUGGUGCCUGGGGACAGGGUGUGGCGGGGGAAAUGACAACCGAAUGUGGGGACACACACACCGAACACCUGCAUCUAGUUUAGCUAGAUAGUUGAAGCAGUUACCGGGGUGCGGCCACAUAUCAGACCAUAUCUUUAAGGGGCCACAGAUGAGAGCUGGGUAACAGUUAAGGACCAUGGGGAGCAACCGUCACUUGCACUCUGAUCAUAAAAGGAUCCGUCAAUCCUGCAUAGUUUAUCUUCUCAGUGAACGUCCCCUAGGCCUCGACAAUUCGACCGUCGCAAGUGAUGACAUCCGCCGUGUGCCUCACGGAGUGAGCACAGUAACGGUGACUUGCGUGCGGAUUAGUUCAUCGAGGCAUCUACUUCACUCCCUUCUCCCUUGCUCACCUUACUCCGAUGGCAAGGCAAUGCCAAGACAACCGGAUGUGGGCGCGGGCGCAGUGACCGACAAAACCGAACAGCCCGUCUAUGCCUGCCACAUGCGGCGUUAUUCGCACCACUUGUACUAGGCUUCUGUAAGGGUGGGCUGGAUCUCAUAUGGGCGAGUGCCGUCAGGGUCACAUUGAGAAGCCAUUGCAGCAUGGCUCUCAGUCCUGGGAAGGAACAAGUUGUCCCGUUAUUUAGUAACCUUCUAGGCCAGGACUCUUGGAGCGUCAGAGUAACUGUAGUGAGGAAUGCGCUGAUGUGCCGUGGGGAUGGAUUCCUCGGUGUUGACCUCACUCUCUCCUCUUCCACACACCAGUACAUCGCCUAAGGCUGUCAGUUAUCAGGUGCUGGGGCUGGGCGUAGUGUCAGGCGCAGCUUGGAACCUACAUCUAGGCGUUUGUGCAUACUCUGCACAGCCAUAGCAACCCGUGCCGUGAGCCAAUAUGUCCCCGUCUCAGAUCAGCCCAUCUUCGGCGCAAUCUGUUAUAGGGGCCACCCCACCCAACCCCACACGGACACAGGCAUCAAUUCCUCUGCUUUUUGUGUGCGUCCUCGCAAUUGUAUCUGCUUCCGACAAGGCGCAUUGCUGCAUACUUUACUGCAUACCUUACCAGUCAUUUUUUCAGGAUUUGGUAUGUUAUCCAUGUUAUUUGAAGUGUAUUUUUAUCGGAGACCGAAACAUAAAAAUUGUCUUCGAUGUCGCCGUGCCAGUUGGUGUUAGGGUGCUCUCUGGGAAUGUGAUAGACACCUUAUCUCCGUCGAAACCAUUUUUGUAGCGUCAGGGCAGGAUGGAUUAAUCGGCCAUUGUCCUCUUAAUGAAUCCAGCAUCCUCACGUUAAAAUGUGACUGAACGAUAUUUCAAUCCGGGAAUUUAGGCUCGUUUCCUUUCGGUCUUGUGGGUUAUCACACUUGUUCACCUUCCCGAUAAUUUGAUCAUUAAAUUGUUUAUAAUAGAACGGAUAUUUCCGACCGCCGGACUAAACAAAGUCGUUCCGAUGGAAGGGUUAGUAAAUGGGAGGUGGGAGGAGAGGUUAUUUGCGCUUAUUUGGUUUGGACGGUGAGCGGACCUCUCGGUAGCCUUUGUCAGUGGAAAGCAACGUUUAAGACGCUCUUUCAAGCCCUCUCUCCGCGAGGGAAAACCGGUAUUUCCUUAAAUAGAACUAUCAAGCCAAUCAGACUACUGCUGAAUCUCACUGAUGCUGACCGAUUUGCAAUGAUCAAGAGACCCAAAUUCGUCUGGGCCACUCGUAAGAGAGGGUUAUAUGCAUCCCGCCGUCUCGGGAUUAAAAAAAGUGCAGUGUCAGUUUUGUUUUUGUUAUUGAGGCAAGGGGACGAAAGUGACGAAGACGCCUUACGUGUGAAGUUUAUUAUAGGUUAGGCUUGCAAAUUAUUCGCCUGAUAACCUUCUCCUCUACCCAUCGUGAUCCAGUGUCAAUACGAGGUCCAAAAAUUAGCUAUCAGAUAGAGCACAGUGUCUGAUCUGGUAUAAAGCCGCGGUCAUGGUUUCUUUCCCACCAACGGGCUUCACGUAAAAGCUCUGAUGCCUUUGUAAGGAGACGUGGGGCUUGGUUUCCUACCUAAUAAAUCUGGCUAUCGUGGUGCAACUCUUGCGCUCAGCAAAUCCUUACAAAGCUGUCUUAUAAUAGAAUGUGACAUCCUCGCCCUGCCAAAUGUAGUGACAUCACUCAUUCGGAAGGUUGACAAAGGAAUCUACAUCGGUAUUUUCCGUUCACUGUUUUGACGCGCUGAUCGUAUCUUCGGUCCAUCAAGGCCUCGCUACACAUCUCGUAAACUGGUUGAUCUGUCAGUAAAUUAAUCAGCUCAUGGUCUUUGUUGACGACUAUGCACAUGGAGUGCUCGGUUCACGUCUACUGCGUGGAGGUGUAUUCGCCGAAGCCAAGGUCGGGUAUAAAUAUAUGCCAAACGGCCAGAUGCUGACUUACAUAAGAGGACUGAAAAUUGUCAGGCUGCCAAAUGACAUCGGCUUCAAGGUCAAAAUAGACGCAACCGCUCAAGUUGUCGGCUGUGUGGAUGUAUGUCACCGGUUUCAUUUCUUUUUGGCACCUCCUGCAUUAUUAUUAUUAUACAUUUGACAACGUCCGAAGUUUCACAUUAGGAUUUGGCGUCAUCUAGGCACUGAGAUUUCUUGACGAUGGACACGCCGCUCUUGACCUUCGUUUGUUCUGCAGUAGUAGCAGCAAUAGCAUCAUUAUUGAUGGUGACAGUGCUACUACUAAUAAUUAAUUAGUGACUUGUGUUUGGUAGGCCGCUAGUCUGUUAUCUCAAGAUCCAAUUUAAUGGCGCUAACAGCCGCACCAUGAUUUGUCACGAUAGCCUUUUUAAUAAUCUGUUUGUACUCUUUUGACACUCAUACCAACAAGUAUUAUAGUACUCAUUACUGGGUCCUAGGGUUGAGGUGUACGCACAGGAGAAUUCGGAACUGAAGCGCCGCAUCGAUGGCCUUGAGGGUACCAAUCGAUCUCUCCUCAGUCAAUUACGACACCUACAACAGCUUGUGAAUAAGUCCAACACUAACGGCAGCGGCGGACUCAGUAACUGUAGCAGCUCUGGCGGUACUAGUGGCAACACUAUCAACAACACUGGCGGAAAUUCGUCAAAUUCUAACAAACGUUCUGCUUCAACCGCAUUUGACAGCCACGCUUCUAGUGGUAGCGGUUCUCGCUCUGGAACCACCUCCACUUGCCUAAUGGUGUUUCUGCUUUCCUUUGCUGCCCUCUUCGCUGGGCAACCCACGGGAGACUCUACCUCAACUGCAAGUAGUCUUCGUUUCUACUCAUCUCCGUCAGACAGUUCGUUGGGAGAUAUUUCUACCUUUGGUUCUCUCCACCAGGCAAGUUUUUAUUAGCCCACAUCACACUUAAACCCCCUUCAGUAAAUAUAGCAUGCAGUGAGAAGGAAGGUUGUGUUAGUUUUGUUCUACUUGAGCCCUUUGAAAGUUAAGAAAUGCACGAAAGGGCAUUAUUUAUCUCUUCUGGAUUGCGAAAAAUUUCAUAUCGUUCUUAUUUAGCGGAGUGACCAGAACAACCACGCGGUGGCAUGGCCCAGGUGCACUGAGAAUUCCAAUAAUAACAGCCGGGAAAUUUGGGAGAACCUCAUGCCUUCGGAUUCACCCUUUUGUUUUUCUAUCACCUCUCUUUGACCGUUAAAAUGAAUGUCCUGCAAAAUCUAACAGAAAGCCACUUUCCAACUAGUAACAGCUGUCAUAGUGAGAUUAAGUAUGAAAAGGCAACCCUUGGGCCCUAUCAGUCGGACAUUUUCGCCGUAUGGUUUCCAUUUAACUUUAUCUUUCAAAGGCACUCUUCUCCCUUUUGGGAUCUCGAUUUCGUCGUAAGUUUGUGAAACUGUCGUAUUUUUUGUAGAUUGGGUAUACUUGGUCCGGCAAGACUGGUUUGCUGGGCGAUGGCGAAACCUCAGGUCUUUCCCCAGAGACAAAGGGUCGUAUCAGGGCGAGUCGUUUACGCGCCCUCGAACGCCAACGUUGGAGGCAUGGACUCCUUAAACGGGACUUUCACAGUUCCUCCGAAUUAUUCAACGGAAAAUCCGGUAUGUUUAUCCUCUCCCUCCCCUACAUGCAUUCUGCGUGUCUCAAUUCACUACCACCUCAGCACUUUUUUAACGUAAACCGCCCGCGUUUAUUUUGCAUGUCAGUUGUUGUUUAAGAAAAGCAAAUUUAAUCUGUAGUUAUCGAUUCCGUUCCUCGCUCAAUCGUUGCAGCGUGGAUCCGCAAUGAGAAGGAAGCAGAAAGAUCAGUGCAUUUCUGCGUGUGUAAACGAACGCAAGCGAGUUGUCGAGCACAUACGCCUUAGCGGUUAGGCUAACACUGUUUGCCUGGUCUUCGGUGUGCGCGCCUGUUUUUUUUUAUUCCUUAUCGACCGUUCGACCUACUUUUUUAUUAUUGAAUUCAUUCCUCGUCAUUUUGUUUAUAUCGACGCUGACGUCUGUAGCGAAGGCGAGUUAAGUCUCAUCCGGUUCGGAAAAAACUACCUUCGUCUGGUAACAGCGUUCUAUUUUUACAGACGGCAAAACAUAUGCAGUAGACUCCUCAGCACUCUAAAAACUCGCGCUAGGCCUUUUAAUAGUAGCAAUCCUGUCUGCUUUUCUUAAUAGACCAUUCAAUGAAGUUUGCUACGUACGUUAGUUUGUAACAUCGUUGACUUUGUCGUAGAUCACUCGACGGGGGGCGUGCUUUGUUUGUUGUUCUUCGGAAUAGGCUUUAUAAAGUGUUCAAAGUGUGGACAGCAACCGAACAUCUGUUGACUCUUGACGUCAUUUUAAUACCGUCAUUUACCUAUGUACUUAUUAUGCGAACAGUGGUGACAAUUUGUGUUUUCGCAUGUCGAUUCCUCAUCUAAGCUGUUAGUCUUGUGUUUAUGCCUUCUUCUCUCCUCACCCUCUCUAGUGACUAGGUCUCGGAUCCUGGGAUCAUCAAAGGAGCUGGAGGAAUGCGAGCCGCUAACAUGGUGGGAGUACUUCUUUGGCCCUACCAGCCAAGCACACGAUGAAACUGUUCGCACCGCGGACGGUAAGACUGGGACUUCUCUCUUCUCCCCGUCUUUCGGUUUCAACACUACCCGAAUUCACAAAGCUGCCAUGUCAAUGACUGUCAAUCAAACCAUGCGCACAGUUCUGCUCGAGUCAAGUAUCACGCCACCAUUGGAUCUGAUGCUGAGGAGUAGUGUUAUCCAAUAG